ACGGAUACUUUAAAAAGGUGUUCUGACGAGCACAAGUUUUGUAGGUUUAUACAACUGAAAUUUGUUUAACAUUUAAAGUAUUUAACAGAACGUUGCUCAUCGCUCAGAAGUGUAACAUUAUAUUUAUGAACGUGAAAUCAUACUAUUUAUUUGUACUAUUCGAUAAAUCCAUGUAUAUGUAGUAACACUAACAGUGUUUUUCUUUUUUUUUUUCUCUGUUAUUCCUCGCGUCGGAAUUUACUGAUAGUUUUGAGCAGUUUAAAUUAAGCGAGUGACGAAUAGUAAAUAAAAGCAGUUCUAAGACUUUUGUUUUAACUCUGUGUGCUGAUAAAUAAAAAAACGACAAAAUCGGACAGUGAUGAAGCGGCUCUUCAAAAUCCUCUUAAUGAUGACGAUGAUGACAUUUUUUAUUAUUCUGCCAGUUUACUCAGACUCUGAACCUAGGAUUGCUAUUGUAGGAGGUGGAAUUGGUGGAGCAACUACAGCUCAUUAUCUUCGAGAACUGUUUCCUGAUCCAACAGCUACUGUUGAUUUAUUCGAAGCACAUAAAGUUGGUGGCCGUCUUGCAACUACUAUGAUAGCUGGUCGAGAGUAUGAGACAGGAGGAUCCAUAAUUCAUCCUAGCAAUUUUUAUAUGAAAAAUUUUACUUCACUCUUAGGAUUAAAAUCACGAACAGGUACUUUAGAACUAUUUGGAAUCUACAAUGGAAAGGAAUACAUAUUUAAGGAGAGUCCCUGGUUUCUGAUGACCCAAGUAAAGAUGUUGUGGCGGUAUGGAUGGAGUGCUAUUAAAUUUGAGCCCUGGAUAUCUAACAUGAUUGAUAAUUUCAAGAACAACAAAGUCAUUAUAUCUACAAUCAGCACAGUGGUCCAAAGUGUUAAUGACUUAACAGAAAAAUAUUGUGUCUUAGAUUACAUAUUUCUUACGACAACCUUUCUCAAUUUUACACAUUAUAUGUCUUUUCUCAACUUUAUUUUAGGUGCUGUAUCUUCAGCUGGUGCAGGAUCCAAACUCUGGAGUGUCCAUGGAGGAAACAAACGUGUUCCUGAAGAACUGCUCAAACAAGCCGAGGUAAAGGUCCACAACGCUCUAGUUACAGAAGUUGUGUUGCAAGAAAAUGGUAAAUUCCUUAUGCACAUAAGCAGGCUAGAUUUGCCAAAAAAUCAGCAAUUAACUAACAGUAGUGAAUAUGACAUUGUUAUUAUAACAGUUCCAUUGAUAAAUGGAGUUUCCAAUAUUAGAUUCAAAGGAUUUACACCUGAUAUUCACAAUCUUUCUGGAAAAUACCAUCACACUGUUGCAACUUUAGUCCAUGGAAGAAUAAAUCAUUCAGCACUUAAACUUGAUUCUUCAUCAAACAUUGAAGUCAUCCUGACAACUAAUCCUGAAUUGUUUUUUAACAGUAUAGGAAAACAAUAUCCAGUUGAUUACACCAAAGGGGAGAAAGUACCUGAUGUGUGGAAAGUUUUUAGUAAGAAACCACUGUCCGAAUCAGACAUCAACUAUCUUUUUGAAAAAGUAGAAGAAAAGAAAGUUAUAGACUGGUCAGCUUAUCCGCACUAUACACCACCUGAAAGUCUCCAGCCCUUCAUUUUGCACCAAGGUCUCUAUUAUACAAGUGCUAUUGAGUGGGCUGCGAGUGCUAUGGAGAUGAGUGCUAUAGCAGGAAGAAAUGUAGCAUUGUUGGUGCAUUCAAACUGGCAUGGAGUUAGCAGUAAAAUUGACCAGAUAAUAUCAAGUGGCAAGGAAGAAUUGUAA